AUGUGUUGGUGGUACACAGUUUCUUUUAUCAUUAACACACCAAAUAAAUCAUUACCACUUAUACGAUCUAGUCAACAAGAUUUGAUCAAAACUUAUGGAAUGAUUUUCAACAAAACAGAAUCGAUUGAUCAUAUAGAAGGCAAAUCAAAUUAUAAAAACCAAAUACGUAAAAAACGUACAGCAAAAGAACUACGUGAAAAAUAUACAAAAGAUGAAGAAAUAGAUGUAAAUGCGAUCCUAGCAAUAAUCAAUAAUCAUCAAACAAAGAUUGACGACCACCGAAUAAUGAUCAAUAACAUUAUCAAUGGUUCUCAUUAUUCAAAAACAGUUCAACAAGCUUUUUCAAAUCACUAUUCGAAUACAGGUCCAAAAUGGAGUAGUUGGCGAGAUAUCACUAUUUUAUCAGUGUCACUCUUCGUGAUCGACUUGAACGUCUAUGUUUGUCUUGUUUAUGUCAAGCUAAAGCCGUUAGAUUGUUUAAUCUCUGCAAUUGCUAAACGUCAUCAUGCAAAACAGGCAAAAAAACAACAAAUCAAACGCUCAUUGCCUCCACAACCAAUACCAUUCAAUAUUGGAAAUAUUUCGUAUCCUCAACUUGCACCAAAUGAAAACGCCAACUCAAAACAUCUUCACAAACCUCUCGAAGAACAUUAUGCAGUAUUUCAUUGA